GCUGUAAGCUGCUGGAUGUCCCCAGGAGACGCCUCCACUGAUGGAUGCAGGCCAGUUAUAGUGAAAAUGGCGUUGGAACAGGCACUUUUUCUUGUUGCAGCCGUCCAUCUGAUAUUUUGUCCCUACACCAAAGUCGAAGAAAGCUUCAACUUGCAAGCGAUGCACGAUAUUCUUCAUCAUCGAACGAAUCUGAGCGAGUACGACCACCAUGAGUUUCCUGGGGUGGUGCCCCGUACAUUUAUUGGUCCACUAGCUGUCUCCUUCCUGUCGUCGCCCUUCUUUAUUAUUAUACAGAUGUUGGGAAUCAGCAAGUUUAUUACUCAGUAUAUAGUGCGGUCAAUCCUAGGUCUGUCAGUUCUGCUGGCGUUCCACCGGUUCCAUUUGACAGUGAAGAACGUGUUUGGACGCGGAACGGCGCAGUGGUUCAUUCUGAUCACCAUGUCGCAGUACCACUUCAUGUUCUACCUCAGUAGACCGCUGCCUAAUAUAUUGGCUCUACCACUAGUUCUAGUUGCACUACAUUGCUGGAUAAGAAGAAAACACUCAGCGUUUAUUUGGCUGUCGGCAGCGGCCAUUUUGAUUUUCCGAGCGGAACUCGCAAUGUUUCUCGGAUUUCUGCUUUUGUUCGAACUUUUCUACAGACGAAUACAUCCCAUCAAAGUUAUCAAGAUAGGUGUUCCGGCCGGCCUAGUAUGCCUUGCUUUGACCGUUGUCGUGGACUCAGUGUUCUGGGGAAGACUAUUGUGGCCAGAAGGGGAAGUUCUCUACUUUAAUACGAUUCUCAAUCGUAGUUCUGACUAUGGUACCUCCCCCUGGGCAUGGUACUUCUACUCAGCGAUGCCGCGCGCACUGGGAGCAUCCACUCUACUGGUGCCCCUAGGCGCCGCCCUCGACGUGCGGGCGUGCCGCCUCCUUCUGCCGCCCCUGGCGUUUGUUGCCGCCUUCUCGUUCCUGCCGCACAAGGAGCUGCGCUUCAUUGUCUACGUGUUUCCGCUGCUCAACAUUGCGGCUGCGUGCGCAUGUCACAAACUAUGGUCGAACCGCUCCAAAUCCUUCUUCCAAAAACUGCUAGCCGUUGGAGCAGCCGGCCACAUAGCAGCCAACUGCCUGUUCUCUCUGUUUCUGCUGAGCAUCGCCCACGUCAACUACCCGGGUGGCGUCGCCAUGGCCAGGUUGCAUCGGUUGCAACCAGCCAGCGCAACUAGUGGUGCAACCAGUGUGCACAUCUGCAACCUGGCCGCGCAGACCGGUGUGUCACGGUUCACGCAGUUGCAUGCGCAUUGGACGUACAGCAAGCAAGAAAACCUGAAACCAGGAUCAGCCGAGUUAAUGAACUUCACCCACCUGAUAGUCGAAGCUAAAAGCAAGUAUUCGCCAGCUCUAAAGGUAUAUAGUCAGUCCCACGAUAUACUAGAUUCCGUGGAUGGAUUUUCCCAUAUUAGUUUCAACUAUAACUCGUUUCCACCAAUCACAGUUAAAACUAGACCCAUGCUUUUCAUUUUAAAACGGAAGAAAGAUUUCUCAAUAUCGGACAUUAAUCCACAGUUGAACACUGAGUUUCUUUUCGAUGAUGAAGUAACUGAUGAGAGGGUAUUUGUGGAGGAGGACGAGGUAAAGGAAGAGGAAGAGGAAGAAAUAGUUGAAGAAGUAGCAGAACCAGUUAAGACUGAAGAAGUGGAUGACAUUUUGACUGUUUCAGAUUUAGAGGAGAAUGUUGUUGAGACUGAUAUUCAACCAGACAAGGAAAACUUUGUAGUUAGAGAAGGUAAGAAUGAUAAUGAAGAAGAAGAUGAUGAUAAUGGAAGCAAGAAAGAAGAAGAUAGAAUAGUUGAACCCGAAAAAGUAGUAGAUUCAACACUAGAUGAUUCAAAUCUCGAUGUAAUGCCUGAGGAGUAUGUGAUCCCUGAUGAAGAAAAACCGGUUGUGAAAAAAGUGGAGAAGCAAAGGACAACUAAGAGAGAUUUGAAGAAAAAUCAGGAGAAAGAGAGAAAAUUGUUGGAGAAAAAUCAAGAAAAUGAACGGAGAUCGUUUGAAAAUGUGAAGAGACGUGGAAAAAAAAUUGUAGAAGAAAAGAGUUUAAUUUCUGAGGAUGAUGAAAAAGUUGUGGAGGAUGGUGAGGUUGUAGAUAUUGUGAGAGAGGGUGAUAGUUUUGUUGAAGAUAUGACAAAGACGGAAGAAGAUAUGGGAGAGGGGAUAGAAGGAGAUGGAAAGAAAGAUUUAGAAGAUAACCCCGAUUUACAAGCGGUUCCUCCGAUCAAAGUCAAGGAGAAUGUGAAAAAGUUGAUAGAAAAUUUCAAAAAAGAGCGAGAAAUGGUUCUGGAGGAAGGGGGUUUGAACCCUGUACAAGAAGAACAGGAAAAGAAAGGGAAGGAAAAUGUUGUUGUUUCAAAACCUAAGAGGAAGUUUAAUCUGAGGAAAGAGAGGGAAACACCGGGUGAACCAGAGAGUGUAAAUAAGAGUGACAUGGAAGAGGUACUACUCCCUGAUGAAUCUUCAGAUUUGAAGGUUGAUGAGGGUGAAAGCAGGUUACCCAUUGCAGGGGAAUUUAGGGAGAGUACUGGGAAGAAAAUUAGGGUAAAGGAGUUUUUGAAGCUUGAGAACCUUUCUAAGAGGAAAAUUAAGUUACCAAAAGUGGAAACUAAAGAAGAAACGGAAGAGAUAAAUGUUGAAAAUGAGGAUUUAGAAGAGCUGGCAGCCGAAGUGAUUGCUGAACAUGAGUCUGAGUUGAAUAGGUUACUGGAAAAACAACGGGAAGAAAUUAAAGAAGGUGAGAAAAAUUCGAAAAUUGAUGAACAAUUAAUUUUACAAGAGAAACUAGAUCAGUUGCAAGAACUGUUCAAACAACAGCAAGUACAGUUGAAUCAGCUGAUCGACUUGCAAAAGAGACAGGCAGAUCUCUCUCUGAAGAAAGAGGAUAAGAGAAAGAUGAAGAAACGGUCUCCUCAAAAGAGUGAACAGCAAGAUGUCUCCACCAAAAUUGAGGAACCUGUUGAGAUAGACCCUGAAGAAGAGGAGCGGAUAAAGCAGGAAAUCGUCGAACUGGAGAUUGAGAAGGCGGUGAAGAAAAAGAAAGCACAGAUCCGUAUCAAAAAUAUCAUCAACAAUUUAAAGAUGGCGACCGCUGUUGUACCGGAUAAUGAAACUGAUAAUAAUAGUGCUGUUUUUCUGGAAGACUCUGUACAGUUUGAGUAUGAGGAAGAUGAGGAAACAUAGCAUCUGAAUUGUUUAUUUGAAUCAUUAACAUAACCUUAUAGAUUAUGUUCGUCUUGAAUUAUGAACAAAGCCUUUUAGGUUAUGUCCGUCUAACCUUAUAGAGGGUGGAUUAAGUGAAAUCUAGAGGAACUGAGACUCUUCCGCUCAAUUAUUAGUUCAGUCAGGCUAUUUAGAGAUCAUUUUUAUAUCCUUUACAUGAAUAUAGAAUUCAUUUACUGUACAUUAUAGCUGACUUACUCAGGAGAACACUCAUUCAUUAUUUGAAUCAUUAACAGAGCCUUAUAGAUUAUGUCCGUCUAACCUUAUAGGGUGGAUUAAGUGAAAUCUAGAGGAACUGAGACUCUUCCGCUCAAUUAUUAGUUCAGUCAGGCUAUUUAGAGAUCAUUUUUAUAUCCUUUACAAAAUGAAUAUAGAAUUAAUCUACUGUGAACUAUAGCUGACUUACCUGUGAGAACAAUAAUUUAUUUUUGUAACUUCUAUUUUCAUUGUUCUUAUAGUCAGGUCCACGUUAUAAUGGCAGUGUUCAAUUAGCAAUGGUAUUGCUAUC